CGCUUAAAGGUGUCCCCCUCUGCCCGGAACAGCAGCAGCGCUCCUUCGAGUCUUUUUUUUAAAUAUUACUAUAAAAGUGUGACUUUGUUAAACUUAUCUUCAAUAAUUGGACACACGGCGUCCAUUUAAAACACCCCCUACAGAAUGACGUCACCAUCUCCUCACAACCGCAGCAGGAGAAGCGACGACAAGGAUGAGGAUGACCCCGUGGAGCUCAUGAUCUCUCGCACGGGCUGCGCCGAGCUGCAUUACGCCGUGCAGGAGUGCAUGGCCGAGCGUCAGGACUGGCGGGCGUGUCAGACUCACGUGCACGCGUUCAAAGCAUGCAUGCUGGACCACCAGAAGACGCGCAUGGAAGAACUCAGGAAGCGACGGAUGGCGAAAGCAGAAACCACACCCAGCUGAGCACACCAAUGCUCUUUGGAGAUGAUGGGGUUCAAGAGGGGGGGCAGGACGGCGGUGAGGGACAGGUUGAUGAUCCUGGCGUUGGGGUGGAUGGUCCACCCGAAGCGGUACACAAAAAUGAUGGGCAAGUAGAAGACGGCCACCAGGGACAGCUGUCCCGAGCACGUCUUCAAGGCUUUGAUACGCUCCUGGGGCGUGGAGAUCCUGGUUAGAGUGUAGCCGAUGAAGACAUAGCUAGACAGGAUGAUCACCAGGGGGACCCAGAGGACGAGAGCUGUCGACAGGCCUGCUAUGACCCGGCUGGGUGUGAUGUCAUUGCAGCCCAGCCUGUACAUGGGCCCGUGGUCGCAGAUGUAGCUGUUGAUGACCACUGACCUGCAGAAGGACAGUCGCGUCAGCAGGCCCGCGGCCAUCAGAGCCAGUGUGAUGGCGUAGAGCCACAGGGCGGCCACCAGGAGUCGCGCAGACCUGAUGGUGACAACCUGCUGGUAGCGCAGCGGCAAGAGGAUGGCCACCGUGCGGUCGCAGCCAAGUGCCACCAGGUUGAGCGAUUGCAUGGAGAGGCAGGAGAAGUAGAAGAACACGAAGGCCAAGCAGUCGUUGUAGGCGAUGGCGCGGUGCUCCAACAUAAAGGUGUCCAGAACUUUGGGCACCAGCACAGUGCUGGUCAGGAGGUCUGUGAACGCCAAGUUGAACACCACCACGUUUUUAGGCGACCUCAGCUUGUGGUCCACAACGAUGACUACCAUCACCAGGCUGUUGCCCAGCACGCACACCACGUAAACGAUCAAGAGGAACACGUAGUAGUACUUGAUGUUGGGAACACCCACAAAGCCGCCGAUGAAGAAAUAAGCGGGACGAACAAGUGUGAUGUUUCUCCCCAAAGCUGAGUUGAACAUCUCCAUCGGCCUUCACUCUGCGGCAGGAAGCUCGACAGGCUGAUGGUGCCACCUGAGCACCUCAGCUUUUUUUACGUGCUAACUCACUGGAGGAGGGUGUACUCAGGCUCUGCCCCUUUGUGGCCACUCAGCAUCCUCCUCCCACCUUUGAAAAUAUUUUAUUUAUAUAUCGUAUCUGUAUAUAACGAUAUAAUGUAUAUAUUGUUAUAUGUUUUAUUUAUAUAUUGUUUGUUUGCGUGUGUGUGUGUGUGUGUGAAAAACAAACAAUAAUAAGCAGCAGACGGAAUAAAAUGCUGUACAAAAAGUUACAAUGACCCCAUGAGUUCCUGUUGCUGGUCAUGUGUUACACCAAUUGGGGUCAUCACAUUUUGACAGGAUCACAGUGACAGUAAAGAUCAAGCCUGCAUCUAUUUUCACUUAUUUCACUAGAACCAAAAACUUUAGCCACUAAAUACUUAUUUUCCAAGAAGAAAAAAAGUGCUUUGAAAACUUUCCAUUAUUACACACACGCAAUCAAUACAGGUUUUUUUAUUAGUCAAAUAUACGGUAUGUACAUUGUUAAAAUAUUAAUAUUAGGAUGCACUAGUAUAUUAAAUAUUCUAGUAAAUUCACAUUACUGAAAAUAUAAGUAGUAUGCUCAUUUCGGCCGCUUGUACCCACGAUCUUGACCUUUUGGUCACUACUGAAAGCUCAUGACCGUAGGUGAGGGUAGGAACGUAGAUCGACAGGUCAAUUGGGAGCUUUGCUUUUCGGCUCAGCUUUCUCUUCACCACGACAGACCGAUGCAGAGUCCGCAUCUCUGCAGAUGCCGCACCAAUUCGCCUGUCGAUUUCCCGUUCGAUCCUUCCCUCACUCGUGAUCCAGACCUUGAAGUAUGUACUUAAACUCCUCCACUUGGGGCAGGAUCUCAUCCCUGACCCGUAGAUGGCACUCCACCUUUUUCCGGGAAAGAACCAAGGACUCGGACUUGGAGGUGCCGCUUCACACUCUGUUGCAAACUGAUUCAGCGAGAAUUGAAGUUCAUGGCUUGAUGAAGCCAGCAGGAUCAGGAUCAUCUGCAAACAGCAGAGACCCAAUCCAGCAGCCACCAAACCGGAACUCCUCAACGCCCUGGCUGCGCCUAGAAAUUCUGUCCAUAAAAGUAAUGAAGAGAAUCAGUGACAAAGGGCAGCACUGGUGGAGUCCAACUCUCAUUGGAAACGGGUCCGACUUAUUGUCAUCAAUGCAUACCAAACUCUGACACCGGUUAUACAAGGAACGAACAGCCUGAAUUAGCUGGUCUGAUACCCCAUACUCUCGGAGUACUCCCUACAAAAUUCCUCGAGGACCACAGUCAAAUAUCUUCUCCAAGUCCACAAAACACAUGUAGACUGGUUGGGCAAACUCCCAUGCACGCUUAAGGACCCUGCCGAGAGUGUAGAGCUAGUCCAUGACCAGGACGAAAACCACACUGUUCCUCCUGAGUCUGAGAUUUAACUAUCCGACGGAUACCCCUCUCCAGAACCCCUGAAUAGACCUUACCAGGAAGGCUGAGGAGUGUGAUCCCACGAUAAUUGGAACACACCCUCCCAACCACCACCCCGGUCUGCCAAUCCAGAGGCACUGCUCCCGAUGUCCAUGCGAUGCUGCAGAGUCGUGUCAACCAAGACACACCCACAGCAUCCAGGACCUUAAGGAACUCCGGGCGGAGCUCAUCCACCCUCGGGGCCCUGCCACCGAGGAGCUUUUUGACAACCUCGGCAACCUCAGCCCAAGAGAUGGGAGAGACCAUCGUGGAGUCCCCAGGCACUGCUUCCUCAUUGGAAGACGUGUCGGUGGGAUAGAGGAGGUCUUCGAAGUAUUCCUUCUACCGAUCUACAACAUCUUGAGUGGAGGUCAGCAGCACACCAUCCCCACCAUACACAGUGUUGACUGUGCACUGCUUCCCCCUCCUGAGACGGCAGAUGGCGAUCCAGAAUCUCUUCAAAGCCGUCCGGAAGUUGUUCUCCAUGGCUUCUCCGAACUCCUCCCCUGUCCGAGUUUUUGCCUCAGCGACUGCCAGAGCCGCAGACGGCUUGGCCUGCCGGUACCUGUCAGCUGCCUCCGGAGUCCCACGAGCCAAAAAGGCCCAAUAGGACUCCUCCUUCAGCUUGAUGGCAUCCCUUACCACUGGUGUCCACCAACGGAUUCUGGGAUUACCGCCACGACAGGCACCGGCCUCCUUAUAGCCACAGCUCCGAUCAGCCGCCUCGACAACGAAGGCAUGGAACGUGGCCCAUUUAGACUCAAUGUCCGCCGUCUCUUUUAGAACAUGGUCAAAACUCUCCCGGAGGUGGGAGUUGAAAGUCCUUCUGAUAGGGGAGUCUGCUAGUCGUUCCCAGCAGACCCUCACAAUAUGUUUGGGCCUGCCAGGUCUGACCUGCAUCCUCCCCCACCAUCGGAGCAAACUCAUCACUAGGUGGUGAUCGGUUGACAGUUCCGUCCCUCUCUUCACUCGAGUGUCUAAAACAUAUGGUCAACCACAAGAAACUGCGGCCCAGGGUGUCCUGGUGCCAAGUGCAUAUGUAGACACCCUUAUGUUUGAACAUGGUGUUUGUUAUGGACAGUCUGUGAUGGGCACAGAGGUCCAAUAACAAAGCACCACUCUGGUUCAGAUCGGGGGGGCAUAUCUCCCAUUACACCUCUCCAGGUCUCAGUGUUGCUGCCAACGUGAGCGUUGAAGUCCCCCAGCAUUGAGAGGAGCCAGAUGAGGUGGCUCAGGCAUCUGGUCAGGAUGCCUCCUGGACGCCUCCCUGGAGAGGUGUUCAGGGCACGUCCGACCGGUAGAAGACCUUGGGGAAGACCCAGGACAAGUUGGAGAGACUAUGUCUCUCAACUGGCCUGGGAACUUCUCGGGAUCCGCCGAGAGCAGCUGGAUGAAGUGGCCGGGGAGAGGGAAGUCUGGAAGUCUAACACUAGUCUCUUUUAAUAGUAGCAGAACAUUUGAAUCGCACUGUAAACCGUGUUAUUAUGAGCAAUGAGGAGUUGCGUUGAAAGACAUCACGUAAUUUAAGCCAGUUAAAUACUGGGGGGAAAUAGUCUGUUUGAGGCCCACGGAACCUUCAAUAUUUGAAGACUGCUUGUGUGGAGGAAUGGGCCAAAAUCACACCAGAGCAAUGCAUGCGACUAGUUUCUCCAUACAGGAGGUGUCUUGAAGCUGUCAUUGCAAACAAAGGCUUUUGUGCAACGUGUUAAAUAAAUACCAGUUGGUGUGUUCAAGACUUUUUCCCGUGUCAUUUGACAUUAUUACACACAACUUAAUUUCUGAUCUUAUUUGUUCGAGUUUCUUUGUAUGUAUGGAUUACUUGGGUUUUUUCAUGUCAGUAGCACCUUUUGGUUAUGUAUUUAGUGAAGA